AUGCUGGCAGAGGGGAGAGAAACAUCGGUCCCCACCGAUGGCCACACGAACACCACGCACGGAGAAGAGGAACCGUGUCCGCGUAGCUCAAUCAUCGACCACAGUCGGCGGCACCGGACAGCCUUCACGCGGGAGCAACUGUCCCGUCUCGAGCAGGAGUAUUGCAAGGAGAGCUACGUCUCCAGACCGCGGAGAUGCGAGCUGGCAACUGCGUUGAAUCUUCCCGAGACUACAAUCAAGGUGUGGUUCCAGAACAGGAGGAUGAAAGACAAGCGACAGAGACACUCUCUGAGCUGGCCCCACCCCCUGGACCCCAGCCUCUGUGUCGUCAUGGUGACCCAGACCGCCGCCAGCGUCCCCUACCGCUACCUCCCCCACCUCCCCCUGCACAUGUACUCCCCCUUCUCCUCGCCCCCCAGCCCGUACUCGGCCCCCCUCAGGCCCCUGGACCCUCUACGUCUCCCCCAGCCUUCCUACCCCCGGCCGGGUGGUCUGCCCCCGGCCGGCCUCUACCCCCCCGCCCACAUGAGGCAGCACCACCACCCCACCACCUGCCUCUGCCCUCUCUGCCUCCACGGGGACCAGAUCAGCCUCUACAAACCAGAUGGGAGGCUGUCCCUGGCCUGA